AUGGAGCGAACUGCCCAAUCUUUCAAUAGAGAUCACGCUGUUGAACGGCUGAUCCGAUCAUUCUCCAACUGCGCAUUGCUGUGUGUAAGAUUCGUUGUCUGCAUUUCCAACACUUCAUUCGUAAGUUUUAUCUGUUCCACUCUCGUCUUAAGCUCCUCUUUCAGCUUUGUGAUCUCUGACUUGAGAGAUGCAACCUCUGAGGGAGGACGAGACGAUACUGGUACAGCACGAGCCAUAUUACUCGUUCUCGCAGUCGGUGCGGCGAUAGUCUUGUUAGCAACAGUCGAAGAGCGCAAUGUAGUGGAACGUGCAGAUGACGUGCUCCCUGCUCUUGAAGUCGUCGCUGUAGGCUUAGCUGCUGUAGAGACGUGUGGAUGGCUUCCGAUCGGCGCUCUGAGUGUUGGACACCCCGUAUGUCCAAGUGUUGAGUGGCGCCCAGUUGUCAGAGUGUUGGGCAGCGGCUCAGUGGGGCGUGGUAGUGCCGAAGCUCUCAUUGUUGUUCGGCGAGCUGUAAGAAUAGGAAUUGACGAUCGACUAAGACAAUACAAACUUAAUAAAUGUGUUUCUUUGAUCAAAUUAAAAGUCCUGAAGAAAUUAUUUAGAACCUACCUAUAUUUUUCGGCGAUGCAAUCGCUGUCCGAUGUACUCCGCUUCGCCGCCUUGCGAACAUGGCGAAAAAAUUAA